CGUAGAGUGGACGCGUUGUGUUCUUGUGAAAAACUCUUUUGCAGCUUCAUGGCGGUAUGUGGCGGACAGCAAACAAUAACAACAAUAUAAUUUCAUAACAAUUAAUGGCGCAGAAAUGAUGGAGAAGACUGAAGAGCCUCCUUCCAUAAACACCGAGGAAGAAGGUUCUGGAAAAGACAAAAUCUGGUGUUUGCAGCGCGUGGGGAGAGACCGUGACUGGCUGCAUCUGUUCGAGGACUCUGAGGUCUCUGUUGGUCGUGGUCUGAAUGUGACCCAUCAGAUCCUGUCGAGCAGCUGUCCACUGAUGAUAUCCAGAAUACACUGUGUGUUCAAGAGAGACGAUGACGGACAGUGGACAGUGAUGGACAAUAAGAGUCUGAAUGGUGUGUGGGUGAACGGGAGCCGAAUACCGCCUGGAAAACCCUGUUUACUGAAGCGGGGUGACUCUGUGCGACUCGGCGUCCCUCUCGACGGAAACCCCGUGGAGUUCGACUACAUCCUCGUCCAGAGGAACUUCAGUGACGUCAAAUCCUUCUUAUCUGGGAAUCCAAGCAGAGAAUCUGGCGCUGCAUCCUUUGGCCAAAAACUGAAAAACUCAAAGCGUAAGUUCGAUGGAGACGAGUCGGAGCCGUGUCCCGCGCAGAUCCCCAAAUCAAAGCUGUACCGCAGUUCCGGCCCGGAUAAGUCACGUGCACAGCCAUGUCCGUCCGGGGAACGCCGGGAACCGGAGAAGUUUUCCUCUAAACACCUGCAGGAGGACAGAUGCGGUGGUGAUAAAGCGGGAAGCAGCUCGGGCGGCUGCAGUGACCUCAGUCAGCAGCUGGACACUGUGCACCGCUACAACAGGAACCUAGUGGUCCUGAAGGGCCGCGUGGGUCACACGCAGAAGCUCGCUGCGGAGCUGGAGCUGCAACAGACGCCGGAGCGAGAGCGGGAGAUGCAGGAUCUGCAGACACAGCUGGAGCAGCUGCGGGGUCAGCUGAGGUCACAGCAGGAACAGGCGCUCAAACGCAUGGAGACCCUGGAGAAAUCCUUCUGUGAGGAGGAACGACGUCUGGAGACUGAAAAAGCACAACAUACCGAGGAGGGCUUGAAGAAACAACUUGUGGAGGCAUUGAAAGAGCAGCGGAAAGUUAUCGAGGAGCUCAAACACGCUCGAGAAGGAUUCAAGGAAGUUCUUCAAGCCAAAGAUAAGGAGCUGGAAGUUACAAAGGAAGAGAAAGAAAAGGCCAAAGCUCAGAAAGAAGAAGUGGUCACACAGAUGACUGAAGUGUUGGAGAGUGAACUGCAGUGCAGCAUUUGUUCUGAGCUCUUCAUUGAGGCCGUGACGCUGAACUGUGCUCACAGCUUCUGUCAGCACUGUAUCCGAGAGUGGCGUAACCGCAAGGACAAGUGUCCCAUGUGCUGGCAGAACAUCACGUCUCAGACGCGCUCUCUGGUCCUGGACAACUGCAUCGACCGCAUGGUGGAGAACCUGAGCGCUGACAUGAGAGCGAGACGCCUGGCGCUGAUCAACGAGCGGAAAGGUCAGAAAGCAAGCGUCCCUCCAGCAGUCGUGGUAAUAAAUGACGACAGCGACAGCAGCAGUGACGAGUUCUUUCAGAGCGACAGCUCCGUGUUUCUGGACUCGUCCGAGUCUAGCGACUCACUGCUUCAUUAUGCCAGCGAUGACGACUCGUCCUGCUCUGACGAGGAUGAUUAUCUCUGAAAAACACCCAGACAUAUGCACUUGUGAAGAACACCGGCACAGCUUAUUUAUUUUGUUUCAUUUAGCCGUGUUGGGUUUUUUUUUCUUUUUUUUUAUGUUUGUAGCUCCAUAUCAUUUGUUUGGGCUUUCCCUGAUAAAAUAAACUUUAUAAUUAUAUUGCA